AUGUCUAAUCUGGUUUUUGGAUUUUUUUGUCUUAAGAGGUGCGUCAAAAUCUUAAGACAUUCCCCCCCAAAAAAAAACACGUUUUAUAGAAUUGUAAAUAUUACAUUCGUUUUAUUUUGUUCCAAUAAACUACUGCAGGAUUUUAUUUUUAUAAUAUAA